GUCGGACUCUGACGCGUGUAUGCUCUUGUGGGUGGGUGUGUGAGUGUGUGCGCGCGUGUGGGUGGGUGGGGGAUUCUCGAGUCAAAGGUGGAGGAGUCAAAAAAUGAGAUUACGGGGUGGAGUAGGAAGCUUUGCAGGAUCUAGACUCCUGAAAGGAGAGCGGCGUUCCUCAACAUUUUCCUGGACAGAGGCUGAAGUUUUCAAAAGAAGCAAGACGCAGGGGGACACGCUCCAAAGCCCGUCUCGGGCAACACCGAGGGUUUCAGGAGAGAGCCGAGGAGUGGGGAAAGCGCGGCUCACCAAGAGCUGCCGAAAAUUUACGGAGAUACACGAAGAGUUAGCCGGUGAGCCCGAAGAAUCCGAUCCGGAAAGGUAAUGAACACUUCAAGAAGUGAAAAGGUCGCGAGCCGGAACCACUUUUACAGAGCAGAAGUGCCGAAGGGGGAGAUAUUGAGUGGCGGAAGAGGUCGGAGGAUUUCCGGAGCGGACGGAAGCUCCGCAGUCAGUUUUCCGGAAGAACGGAAGGACCGAAUUCCCUAGUUGGGGCCAUGGCUGAGGCGAGUCUGGAUCCCGCGCCGGAGGCUGAGGCGCUGGCCGCGGCCAGAGAGCGGAACAGCCGUUUCUUGAGCGGCCUGGAGCUGGUGAAGCAGGGCGCCGAGGCGCGCGUAUUCCGCGAAUUUGGCCUAAUUACCACUUAUGUGUUGAUUGCAGGGAUAUCUGUUCCAGUUGUCUUUUUUGUGGACUAUGCCUGUAACUGCUUAUAUAUGGAAGAAAUUCAAAGUGCAGUGACUGUUCGAGAUUAUAUUCAAUCCACUAUGGAGACUGAAAAAACUCCCCAAAGCCUCUUGGGCUUAGCCAAAACAGUUGGGCAGGUUUUGGCUAGAAUGCAUGACGGAGACCUCAUUCAUGGUGACCUCACCACCUCCAACAUGCUCUUGAAACCCCCCAUAGAACAGAUGAACAUUGUGCUCAUAGACUUUGGGCUGAGUUUCAUCUCGGGACUUCCAGAAGAUAAGGGUGUAGACCUCUACGUCCUAGAGAAAGCCUUCCUCAGUACUCACCCCAACACUGAGACUGUGUUUGAAGCCUUUUUGAAGAGCUACUCCACCUCCUCCAAAAAGUCCAAGCCAGUGCUCAAAAAAUUAGAUGAAGUGCGCUUGAGAGGAAGAAAGAGGUCAAUGGUCGGGUAGAAGAACGUGUGUGACAAUCACAUAGAGUGAGGCUGUUUUUCAGAGUAAAUUUGAAUGCAACUAAAUAAAGGAGUUGGGAUAUUUUUAAGCAUUCUGUGUUGACACUUGUGUUAGUAACCCACCGUUCAUUGUUGUCAAGAGUUUUUUGUGCAAAUAAGACAUACUCUGGGCAGAAUUGGAUACGUAAAGCAAUCUAGGGCAGGCUGUCAUAUGUAACCCAGUGCUUUGUGUUUUGUAGUGUACAUGAUAUGUUUUAUUGAAAUGAGUUUUGGGAGACAACCAAUAUUUUUAAAAUGAAAUAAAAUCUAGGAAAUAUCAGUGUAU